CUUCAAAUUCUUCACCCGCCCCUUCUCUUCCAUCUGUCCCCAAAUCAAAAUUCUCUCUGUUUCUUCUUUCUUCUUCAGUCAAGCUUCAUCAACAUUCAACAAUGGCGGACACCAAAACCACUUCCAUUCCCACUCCUCUUCUCAGAGAUGAGCUUGACAUCGUCAUCCCCACCAUCCGUAACCUCGACUUCCUCGAAAUGUGGAGGCCAUUUUUCCAGCCCUAUCACUUGAUCAUUGUCCAAGACGGCGACCCUUCCAAGACUAUCAGAGUUCCUGAUGGCUUUGACUAUGAACUUUAUAAUCGUAACGAUAUCAAUCGGAUUCUCGGUCCUAAGGCCUCUUGCAUUUCCUUUAAGGACUCUGCUUGUAGGUGCUUUGGCUACAUGAUUUCUAAGAAGAAGUAUAUCUUCACGAUUGAUGACGACUGCUUUGUUGCUAAAGACCCCUCUGGUAAAGAGAUUAAUGCACUUGAACAACACAUUAAGAACAUCUUGACGCCAUCAACCCCAUUUUUCUUCAACACCCUUUAUGAUCCAUAUAGAGAAGGUGCUGAUUUUGUCCGUGGAUAUCCAUUCAGUCUCAGGGAAGGUGUCCCCACAGCAGUGUCUCAUGGACUUUGGCUAAACAUUCCAGAUUAUGAUGCACCCACCCAACUCGUUAAACCACUGGAGAAAAACACAAGGUACGUCGAUGCAGUUCUGACAAUACCGAAGGGCACCUUCUUUCCCAUGUGUGGAAUGAAUCUGGCAUUCAACCGUGAUCUAAUCGGUCCCGCCAUGUACUUUGGACUCAUGGGAGAUGGCCAACCCAUUGGUCGCUAUGACGAUAUGUGGGCUGGCUGGUGUAUGAAGGUCAUUUGUGACCACUUGGGAUUUGGAGUGAAGACAGGAUUGCCAUAUAUCUGGCACAGCAAGGCAAGCAACCCAUUUACAAACCUCAAGAAGGAAUACAAAGGAAUCUUUUGGCAGGAACAGAUUAUACCAUUUUUCCAAACUGUUACCCUACCAAAGGAUUGCAACACCGUGCAGAAGUGCUAUAUUGAACUCUCCAAGCUGGUGAUGGAAAAACUCAGUUCAGUUGACGAGUAUUUCGUCAAGCUUGCGGAUGCCAUGCUUACUUGGAUUGAAGCUUGGGAUGAGCUGAAUCCAUGUGGAGAGGAAGUAGUUGAAUUAUCCAAAGUUGUUUCAAAAUAGUUUAUUUGAUGUUUUUUAUUACUGCUUAAAGGUUUAACAUUCAUUCGAUCAAUGCUUUUGGUCUAAAGUUGUCUCAAAGUUCUGUGUGUUUUACGCACUCAUUGUUCUUGUUUGAAAAUGAUUUGGCAUUACAUCUUGAAUAUCAAGAAAACCACAUUUUUACUC